UCGAGCUGAGCGGAUGGCAGAGAUCGAGAUCGAAAUCGAAAAAAACACAAAACAAAACACAAAACAAAUAAUUAAACAACGAUCUUUACGAAACGUUGCUCAAUCCUGGAGUGUAGUGUAGUUGAUUUUAGCUUUCUUGUAGUGCAUCCUAAUUUGAUUUUGAGUUCGUUUUGAGUUGUUGUUUGUGUGUGUAUUUUGCAUGCAUUUAGUUUUGGUUCUUUGUGCUUGUGCCUCUUUGUCCUUGUUUUGGUUGCCCUUCUCGUCCUCGCUAAAAACACAACAACAACAACAACAACAACAAUGGAGACAAAUUCUCCCACAACAACAACAACAACAGCCAUCGCAGUGGCAGCUUCCACAACAGUUGCGGCAACGAGCACAGCUCCCUCGCCAGCCGGCAAGGCACACAGCUUGGUCACAGGAAGCGGAAGCUCCGGCUGCUCGGCCAGCAACACUCUGCUCCAGUCGCUGCCCCAAUCACUGCUCACCACCACCACCACCAACGCCGCCAGCAACAGCAACAGCAAUAGCAUCGAGCUGCUCAAGCAGGACGAUGUCAACAAUCUGUCCUUGGCCAGCGGCCUCUCCGAGGGACAGCGUUCACUUAAUAACUCACUCACUCUCUCUCUCUCCCCCAUUCUGUCUCCUUUAGUAAUCACCACAUCUCGACCUAGCAACGAGGCGGAGGUGCAGCUGUAUCGAGUGCUGCAGCGUGCCAGCCUUUUGGCCUACUACGACACAUUGCUGGAGAUGGGGGGCGAUGAUGUGCAGCAGCUGUACGAUGCGGGCGAGGAGGAGUUCCUGGAGAUAAUGGCAUUAGUGGGCAUGGCAUCGAAGCCCUUGCAUGUGCGCCGUCUCCAAAAGGCGCUGCACGAAUGGGCCAACAAUCCGAGCUUGUUUCAAGGAGCCAUGCUGCCACAGCUAGGUUUAUGUGACACGCCCACAAAGCCCGCGCCCGCUUUGAUAUUCAACUCAGACUCAACGCCCGCGCUGCCACGCCAUAAAUACGCAUCCUUCCAGCCCACAGCUCCAGUUCCCGCUGCUGCUGCUGCUGCUGCUGCGGCUGCUGCGGCGGCUGCGGCUGCUUCAGUGGCUCCAUCUUCAGUGGCCAAUGCCCAGAUGCUGGCGCAGAUUAGUGCGCCCGUCAUGUGCCCCGCUCUGCCCGUGCUGCAGAGUCCAACUGCGACGCCUCUGGUGGUCAGCAAUGCGGGCAGCUGUGUGGCUGGGGCCAGCACGGCGCACCAGGUGUCGUCCAGCUCGCCGCAGCUGACGCCUGUGCUCACCGAGCUGCAGGUGCAGCGCAUCACGAUGUGCGCCGACAAGAUAGCGCGACAGCUGCCGCAGCGGGAGCCGCGCGCCCAGACCUCCAAGAAGCGCACCACACGCGAGCUGGAGCAGGUGAUUGCCAUGGCGGAGCACGAUCCGAGGCGCAUGGAUGAGAUACGUAAGUAUUCGGCGAUUUAUGGUAGAUUCGAUUGCAAGCGUCGCCCAGAGAAGCCACUGACACUGCACGAGGUCUGCGUGAAUGAGGCGGCGGCGCAGCUCUGUCGCAAUCCCCAGACCAUUUGGCUGCUCACGCGCCGCGACGAGCUCUUCCCACUGGCCCGCCAGAUCGUCAAGGAUGCGGGCUUCGGCCAUUCGGCCAGCAUUGCCCGCUAUGGCGGCCUGCUCACCCAGCUGCCCAACCAGGCGAUGCAGCGUGCGACCAUUGAUCUGGACUGCGAGUCCAGCGAUGCCAUGACUGCCGGCUCGGCAUCUGCAGCUGCCGCUGCAUCAGCCUCCGCUGGCGGCGCUGUGCUGCCCAGCGUCAAGCGGCAGCGCCUUUCCUCCACAGAGGCGGCUCAGCUGCCCAGCGGCGAUCUGAAUCGGGAAGCUGUGGAGGAUUCGCGCUACAAUCUGUUUGCGAUGUAUCAAAAGUUUGCCAAGCCGCCGUUCGAUUUAACGGAAAUCGCCAAAUUCUCAUUGGGCAAAUCGGCGGACUUUGAGGACAACGAUUCGCGCUUCUCCUUCAGCAACUCCAGCUCGCCGCCCCUGCCAGGCAAUGGUCUGGAAAGUGAACGAUCGCCCGUCUCCUCGCUGGACGCGUGCUGCCCAAAGCCGAGCGAGAACCUCAGCCUGGGCGAAACUGUGGAUCUAACAGCAGCCGGAGUCCAGGUCAUCUCGGCGGCGGGUGACAAUAUCAUUGCCGUGGCCAAUCCCGCCCUGGCACUCAGCCCCACACUGAACGAGGUGCUCAAGCGGAAUGUGGCCUCACCCGAGAUUUAGGAAUCUGCAGCUACACAUAGACAUAUGUUUAAUAGUAAAUUAGGAAUAAUUUCUGUGCAAUUUAAUUAAAUUAAACUUGUUAGACCUAAGUCCUCAUAAUUAAGUCAAUAACUAGCUUGUAUAUCCUGUGAUCUAAACUAUUCUGUAAUAAACAUAGACGAGAAAGCUUAAGUCGCGCACAACCGACUGGAAGACACCCGGUACUGAGCUUC